UGUAUAAAAGCCAUCUUGCUACCCACGAUUGUGUGGCAGUCUUGAUAGAGUUCUCCCGUUGCAAGUUGGCAAACCUCAGCUAGAGAAGAAGACACGAAAAAAAAUGAAUUUCUUUCCAGCUGUUUUGAUACUCAUCCUUGGCCUGGUGGCUUCACAGGAGUACACGUAUGUUGAGAUAGGACGUGGAGUGUGUCGGUCCUACUACUACAACACCGUGGGGAAAAUCGCCAUCCCCAACACCACCCCCAACAUGACCUUGGUGGCCAAGGUCAUUAACCAGUACUCUACUUACAGCUGUGUUGAGAACCAGACCUACGGCAUCACCACCGACAACCUCUACCUGUGGAUCACUGGCCUCUGCCACGCUGAGUUCGCCAUCUACUCUGUCGUGUUGAAUACGACAGCUACCACCACCAUAGUGCCAACCACAACAACUGCAACAUCAACAACUACCACACCAACAACUACCAUACCAGCACAAACCACAACAACAACUAAAGCAACAACCACCACACCAACACCAACCACAACAACCAAAGCAACAACCACCACACAAGCACCAACCACAACAACCAAGGCGACAACCAUAACGCCAGUACCUACUACAACAACAACUAAAGCAACAACUACCACACCAGUACCAACCACAACAACAACUAAAGCAACAACUACCACAUCAGUACCAACCACAACAACAACUAAAGCAACAACUACCACACCAAUACCAACCACAACAACAACUAAAGCAACAACUACCACACCAAUACCAACCACAACAACAACUAAAGCAACAACUACCACACCAAUACCAACCACAACAACAACUAAAGCAACAACUACCACACCAGUACCAACCACAACAACAACUAAAGCAACAACUACCACACCAGUACCAACCACAACAACAACUAAAGCAACAACUACCACAUCUGUACCAACCACAACAACAACUAAAGCAACAACUACCACACCAGUACCAACCACAACAACAACUAAAGCAACAACUACCACACCAGUACCAACCACAACAACAACUAAAGCAACAACUACCACAUCAGCGCCACCUACAACUAGCGUGUCUGCUAGUACAACAACUUCUCUAGUUCAAUCCCAGUGCGGUAUCGCCAACAGCUACAGGAUCGUGGGUGGGACCACGACAACAGCCUGCGAGUAUCCCUGGAUGGUGAUGAUCUACAACAGCUACUACUCCACGGUCUGUGGCGGCACCAUCAUCGACCAAACGCACAUCCUGUCUGCUGCUCACUGCUUCGUACACCAGGACCCCACGACUGGGGCCAUCAGCACCACGGCAGCCUCCGACCUGACGGUGUACACGGGGUCCAACGUCAUGCCUUUUGAGACCAGUGUCCCUGGCGUCAUUAGGCGAACAGUCGCCACAGUCGCCACACACGCAAGUUACGACCCGAAGUACUUAGCAAACGACAUCGCCCUCCUUGAAUUGACCACACCCAUCACAUUUGACACGUGCCACAGACCCAUCUGUCUGGUCGACGGUUCCAAAACUCCACAAAUGGCAUCAGGCUGUAGAGCUAUGGGCUGGGGCAAAAAUUCCAGUAGCACCACAGGUACCAUCCAGAGCACCAUGCUGUGGGUGGAUGUACCUGUCGUGUCUGACGUCACCUGCCAGUCCAACUACGGCCUCUACUACCACGGCAGUAACUUCUGUGCUGGCUCACCUGGAAUGGAUUCCUGUCGGGGCGACUCUGGCGGUCCACUAGCCUGUAAAGAAGCAGACGGCCGCUUCUACGAGUACGGCAUCGUGUCUGCAGGUCCCGAGUACUGUGGCUCGUCUGCUGGCCUCUACACCAAGGUCUCCAGCUUUCUGCCCUGGAUAGAACAGAUGAAAACAUUAAUGGCGACAGCUGCUUAGAUGAAGACAACGUUCCGAAUAGUUGCAUAUGAACUGUCUUCAAUAAAUCAAAGAACAAAAGCA